AUGGAUAUCAAGAGAUACAGGGGACAUUUACCAACAUCUUCAAGUCCCACAUAUCACAGAAAUGAAAGUUUUUCUCGAGUUGUAGAGAAGAAAUUUGGUGGGUUCAUGACAAUGAAAUUGGUGGGGAUCUUGUCUGGUUGCUUGAUGAUUUUGACUGUUUUCCUUACAGUUUCAGUCAUUUAUUGGGAACCUUCAUCUGGUGGAGUUAGCAGAUUUGGCAAGGGGAGAUCCUUAGGAAUGAAAGCUGAAGAAGUUCGGUACCCUCCUGUGGAUGUAAUCCCGGAAUCUGUGGAAGAGAGCGAUUUCAAAAUGAAGGCUGAAACAGUUCCAGGUUCUGGAGAUGUUUCAUCUCAUAAAAUUGACUCACCUAAAGACAAACAUCUUGGUGGCCUGCUUGCUGCUGCUGGGUUUGAUAAAGCAUCCUGUCUAAGUAGGCAUCAAUCCUUCUUGUACCGCAAGGCACUACCACAGAAGCCUUCUUCUUAUCUCAUUUCCAGGUUGAGGAACUAUGAAACUCUCCAUAAACGUUGUGGGCCUUAUACAAUAUCUUACAACAAAACAUUGGAACAACUCAAGUCCAAGAACAACAAUGAGCCACUGGAAUGUAACUAUGUGGUGUGGAUUUCAUUUAGUGGUUUGGGGAACAGAAUUUUAACCCUGGCUUCAACAUUUUUAUAUGCCCUUCUCACCAAUCGAGUGCUUCUUGUUGAUCGUUGGACCGACAUGGCCGAUCUCUUCUGUGAACCAUUUCCGCAAACAUCUUGGUUACUUCCUACGGACUUCCCCCUUAAUCAAUUUGAUAGUUUUGAUAAAAAAUCACCUCACUCUUAUGGGAACAUGCUGAAAAACAAUGUUAUAAACAAUUCAACAAACACCUUGCCAACCUUUCUGUAUCUCCAUCUUGUUCAUGAUUAUGGAGAUUAUGAUAAGCAUUUCUUUUGUGAUCAAGAUCAAAUCCUUCUCCACAAGGUUCCAUGGUUGAUCAUGAAAACAGAUAACUACUUUGUGCCAUCUCUGUUCUUGGUUCCAUCUUUUGAGCAAGAACUCAAAAAACUCUUCCCUGAACAGGAAACUGUUUUCCAUCACUUGGGUCGGUAUCUUUUUCAUCCCUCCAAUUCAGUAUGGGGGUUGAUUACAAGGUAUUAUCAUGCCUACUUAGAAAAAGCUGAUGAGAAGGUAGGCAUUCAGAUCAGAAUCUUUGAUACUAGAACUAGCCCAAUCAAACAAAUUCUGGAUCAGAUCCUUGCCUGUUCCUUCAAGGAGAAAUUGUUGCCAGAAGUCAAUGUGAAGGAAUCCAUAAUCAACCCAUCUGAAAACCAAAGGUCUAAAGCUGUUCUCAUAACAUCUUUAAAUGGUGGAUACUUUGAGAAGAUAAGGAACAUGUAUUGGAAACACCCAACUGUGAGUGGUGAGGUGAUUGAAGUAUACCAACCAAGCCAUGAAGAAUACCAACAGACAGAGAAGAAGAUGCAUAACCAAAAGGCAUGGGCAGAAAUGUAUCUCUUAAGUUUGACUGAUGUGUUGAUCACAAGCUCAUGGUCAACAUUUGGAUAUGUAGCUCAGGGUCUAGGAGGUUUGAAACCAUGGAUUCUGACUAAGGUUGAGAACAGGACAACCCCUGAUCCUCUUUGUCGACGGGCCAUGUCAAUUGAGCCUUGUUUUCAUGCACCUCCCUCUUAUGACUGCAAGGCAAAAACAUGGAUUGAUACUGGUGCACUUGUUCCUCAUAUAAAGCAUUGUGAGGACAUGAGUUGGGGUGUUAAACUAUUCAAUCAUGAUGAGUUGUAGCUGAUUUUGUUGA